CCCCGGGUUGGUACGAGCGUCACCAGCACAUUUCUCUGAUUUCUUCCGCUCCUUAUAUCUCUUUGCCCGUCUACACGGCGAAACACCCGCCCGGCCAGUUCAAAACCCACAAGCUAAGUAAUUCUCUCAGACUUCCUCGAUCUGGCAAACUAGAGUUAGCACAGCUGCCGUGUGUGCAUGCAUAUGCAUGUGUGUCUUCUCUUCUCGAUCAUCGAUCCUUAAUUUCUGGCCCCCUCCGAGUGUGGCAACAAGAAACUAACUAAACAUCGACCACCUGCUGGCCGGUGUUCUUUUGCGGCACAGCCGAUCGAGCUAGCUAGCUAGCUAGGGUUAGGGUACUUCUUGUGUUGCUUAAUUGCAAGCUUGUAAUUAAGCUGGCCCGGGGGAGUUGUGUUGGUUGAGAACUUGAGAUCGAUCGAUCGGUCGAAACUAGGUAACUAGCUAGCUAUAUGGAAGGAUCAGGAGGAGGAGGAGGAGGGUUGGUGUCGAAGAAGAAGCAAGAUGAUUCGAAGAAGAAGGAGGAGAGCUUGCCGCCGGGGUUCAGGUUCCACCCGACGGACGAGGAGCUGGUCACCUACUACCUGCGGGGGAAGAUCGCCGACGGCAGCUUCACGGCCAGGGCCAUCACCGAGGUCGACCUCAACAAGUGCGAGCCAUGGGAUCUCCCGGAGAAGGCAAAAAUGGGAGAAAAGGAGUGGUAUUUCUUUAGUCUGAGGGACCGGAAAUACCCGACGGGCGUGCGCACAAACCGUGCAACUAAUGCCGGUUACUGGAAGACGACAGGCAAAGAUAAGGAAAUAUUCACGGGACAACCACCAUCAACACAGGAGCUAGCCGGGAUGAAGAAAACUCUAGUUUUCUACAAGGGAAGAGCUCCAAGAGGUGAAAAAUCGAAUUGGGUCAUGCAUGAGUAUCGACUCCAUUCAAAGCCUGGCUCUAAAUCGAACAAGGAUGAAUGGGUUGUAUGUCGCAUAUUUGCCAAGACUCCGGGCGUCAAGAAAUACCCUCCCAACAACGCUCACACGCGACCUCACCACCCAUACACACUAGACAUGGUCCCGCAGCUUCUUCCUGCUCUAAUGCAACAUGACCUAUUCGCCCGUGGGCAUCACCCUUACAUGACCCCCGCCGACUUAGUAGAACUGUCACGUUUUGCUAGGGGCACGCCAGGGUUGCACCCACACAUCCAACCACACCCCGGGUACAUGAACCCCUCCGCAUCAUUCACACUUUCCAAUCUUAACCUCAACCUUGGAGCUCCAUCGCCGGCCACGGGAAUGCCACCACAACAUGCUCUCCAUGCGAUGUCGAUGAACCAAACAAAUGCUACUAACCAAGGUUACCAGGUGACCCCAGCUGAGCAUAUGGCCCCAGGACUUGGCAACUAUGUUAUCCCACCGAACGGAGGAGAUGGAGGUUUCGGCGCAGGUACGACUAUGGGAGGUACUAGCAUUAGGUACCAGAAUUUGGAUGUGGACCAGCUGGUGGAGAAGUGCUGGCCUGGUAGUUACUAAACGUAUAGGUGUUGAAAGCUUAGCUUGGGGAGGCCAAGCAAUGUUGAACUACAUAGGAGAAGGCAAUUUGGAGGGUCUUAAUCUAGUUCCUUUGUUGUAUCAUUAGCUAAAGUUCUCUCUUCUUAAUUUAUUGGCUGUUCGCCCUUUUAAUUAGUCUGCCUUGUAGAAAUUAGACUGUUUUGUUUGAACUAAUUGCAUGUACACAGGUUUACUGAGCUCACAUAUAAUAACAAUGUGAAGUGUGUUCAUGUCA